CACAGCGCACCGGGCCGGGGGAGCGGCCGCGCUGGGCCGGGCGGGCGGGUGGCGGGGGCGCGCUCGGGGACCCGGGCCGCGUGGGCGCUGGGAUGGAGGGCGCCGAGGGGCGGGGAGCGGGCGUGCGUGUGUGUGCGAGUGCGAAUGCGAGGGAGGCCGGCCUUGAGUGAAACCGGAGCUACAAAGAAGGGGAGAGUCCGGGAGCGGGAGGGCGCGAGGGAGGAGCGGCGGCGCCGGGGCAGCUCCGACGCCCUCCCGGGGGGAAGGAGCACCCGCGGUGCCGCCGAGGCCCCGACGCGGGGCCGCCCGUCGGCCCGCCGCCCCGCGCCCGCGCCCGCGCCCGCUGGGAAUGAUGAAGAAGAACAAUUCCGCCAAGCGGGGGCCUCAGGAUGGAAACCAGCAGCCUGCACUGCCCGAGAAGGUCGGCUGGGUCCGGAAAUUCUGCGGGAAAGGAAUUUUCAGGGAGAUUUGGAAAAACCGCUAUGUGGUGCUGAAAGGGGACCAGCUCUACAUCUCUGAGAAGGAGGUAAAAGAUGAGAAAAAUAUUCAAGAGGUAUUUGACCUGAGUGACUAUGAGAAGUGUGAAGAGCUCCGGAAGUCCAAGAGCAGGAGCAAGAAAAAUCAUAGCAAGUUUACUCUUGCCCACUCCAAACAGCCCGGUAACACGGCACCCAACCUGAUCUUCCUGGCAGUGAGUCCAGAAGAGAAGGAAUCGUGGAUCAAUGCCCUCAACUCUGCCAUCACCCGAGCCAAGAACCGUAUCUUGGAUGAGGUCACCGUUGAGGAGGACAGCUAUCUUGCCCAUCCCACUCGAGACAGGGCAAAAAUCCAACAUUCCCGCCGCCCCCCAACAAGGGGACACCUAAUGGCUGUGGCUUCCACCUCUACCUCAGAUGGGAUGCUGACCUUGGACUUGAUCCAAGAGGAAGACCCUUCUCCUGAGGAACCAACCUCUUGUGCUGAGAGCUUUCGGGUUGACCUGGACAAGUCUGUGGCCCAGCUGGCAGGGAGCCGGCGGAGAGCAGACUCAGACCGCAUUCAGCCCUCCGCAGACCGGGCAAGCAGCCUCUCCCGACCUUGGGAAAAAACAGACAAAGGGGCCACCUACACCCCCCAGGCACCCAAGAAGUUGAUGCCCACAGAGAAAGGCCGCUGCGCCUCCCUGGAGGAGAUCCUAUCUCAGCGGGACGCUGCCCCUGCCCACGCCCUCCAGCUGCGGGCUGAGGAACCCCCAACCCCUGCCCUCCCCAACCCAGGGCAGCUGUCCCGGAUCCAGGACCUGGUAGCAAGGAAACUGGAGAAGACUCAGGAGCUUCUGGCAGAGGUUCAGGGACUGGGAGAUGGGAAGCGAAAGGCCAAGGACCCCCCUCGGUCUCCGCCGGAUUCUGAGUCAGAGCAGCUGCUGCUGGAGACGGAACGGCUGCUGGGAGAGGCAUCAUCGAAUUGGAGCCAGGCAAAGAGGGUGCUGCAGGAGGUCAGGGAGCUGAGAGACCUGUACAGACAGAUGGACCUGCAGACCCCCGACUCCCACCCCAGACAGACCACCCCGCACAGUCAGUACCGGAAGAGCCUGAUGUGAGGGCAGGGUGGGGUCUGGAACUCGUCGGGUUGGACAGACUCUUAUCUCCGUGUUGCUGGAUAAAGCUUUUUUAUUUACCUCAAUCAAAAAAAACAAAAAUGAACUCA